UCUUAAUUAAUUUCCACAAAUAAUAGUCAUCUUAAUUAUUUUUCACACAAAAAUUAAAAAAAUAUGGCUGGCUUUAAGAAAUUAUUGGCAACUUUUUUUCUUGUGCUAAUGCUGGUUUUUGCUGCUGAACUUACAGAGGCAAGAACUUGUGAGUCUCAAAGUCACAGGUACAAGGGGCCGUGCGUGAGGAAGAACAAUUGUGCUAAUGUCUGUAAGACUGAAGGCUUUAGCGGCGGUCACUGUCGUGGGUUCCGCCGCCGUUGCUUCUGCGCUAAACAUUGCUAAAUUAAUUGAUAUUAUUUCACGAAUAAAUUAAUAUUUUAUUUGAGUGUUUUUUUUCUAAAUAAAAAAAUAACAGAGGUGUGAUUUUUUUUUGGUUUUCGUCGUUUGAUUUUGAUGUUAUCGCAAAAAUAAGUAAGAAAUCAACAUGUACUCGGAAAUUGAUCUUUUCAAUUUCUGAAAUUUGAUGGUUUUGGAUAAUUAGUUGAGUGUGUUGUUAUUUGAGUCAAAGUUUUGUCUAUUUAUUUACACAAGCUGUUAAGCUCA